AUGUCGAAAUCGAAGACAAUUUCACCGUGGCGGUUGACAUCUGCCCCUGGUGAUCGAGUUCAUGUCGAUCACUUUUCGUUCCAAGGCGCCGAUUUUCUAGUCCUGGUGGAUAGCUACAGCAAGUGGUUGGAAGUUUACCCCGUUCGAACGUUAACUUCCAAGGAGACAUCGGAAAAGUUGGCCGAAUAUAUUUCCCGAUUCGGUCUGAUCAGCACUUUGGUGUCGGAUAACGGCACUGCCUUUACAUCGGAAGAAUUCCAGGCAUUCUGUUCUUCCCGUGGCAUCAAGCACCUGACGACAGCACCGUAUAGUCCGUGUUCGAAUGGAGCAGCCGAGAACGCGGUCAAGACGGUCAAGGCAGCACUGAAGAAGCUGACGAGUGACCCCUCGUUUGCAAAGAAGCCGAUAGGUGUCCAACUACAUUCAUUCCUGGAGAUGUACCGAGCCACAACACACACGAUCGAAACUCAGUUUGGCAGGAAAUGCAUUUAA